CCGGGUCUCGUAACUGCGCCGUCUUUGUGUUGACAUCUGCGAGGCAUAAAGAGGAGAGGCCUCCGACAUCCUCCAUUAUGCUUUCUAGCAAAAAGUCUGAUGCAGGCUCCUCUUCCUCGUCCUCUUCCUCCUCUGCUGGGGCGUCAGGAGCUGAGAGAGCCCCCACCUCUGAUGCACAGACGGGGACCACCUCCUCCACUGCUGGGCUCAUGGAGGUCAAGAAGAAGGAGCGCUCAUCCCCCAGUGGAGAGCCCGGAGCGCCCCCCUCUGGAGCCCACCAGGGGGGGCCCAGUGCGGCGGACUUAGAGGCCGCCGAAGUCCGCAGAACCAGCAGGCGGAAGCGAGCAAAACAGGUGGAGUACCGCGAGAUGGAUGAAAGCCUGGCCAAUCUGUCGGAGGACGAGUACUACUCCGAGGAGGAGAGGAACGCCAAAGCGGAGAAGGAGAGGAAGCAGGUGGUGCCUCCCCCUCCGCCCCCACCCGAGGAGGAGCAGGACAGCGAGCCCGAGGAGCCGUCUGCCCCAGAUUUAGAUCUCCCGGGGUCCCAUAAUCCAGCCCAAGCCUUUCCUAAGCUCCCUGUCUGGUCAGGUGUAGAAGGCGCUGCGUUCCAGAGCCGCCUUCCCCAUGACCGCAUGACCUCCCAGGAGGCCGCCUGCUUCCCCGACAUCAUCAGCGGCCCCCAGCAGACACAGAAGGUCUUCCUGUACAUCCGCAACCGCACACUUCAACUCUGGCUGGACAACCCCAAGAUCCAGCUCACGUUUGAGGCCACGGCACAGCAGCUCGAGGCUCCGUACAACAGUGAUGCAGUUCUGGUCCACAGGAUACACAGUUACUUAGAAAGGCACGGACUCAUCAACUUCGGCAUUUACAAAAGGGUCAAGCCGUUACCGACUAAAAAGACUGGGAAGGUGAUUGUGAUUGGAGGAGGGGUGUCUGGUCUCGCUGCAGCCAGACAGCUCCAGAGCUUUGGGAUGGAUGUGACCGUGCUAGAGGCCAGGGACCGUGUGGGAGGCAGAGUGGCCACGUUCAGGAAGGGGAACUACGUGGCUGAUCUGGGAGCCAUGGUGGUCACUGGGCUGGGAGGAAACCCCAUGGCAGUGGUCAGCAAGCAAGUCAACAUGGAGCUGGCCAAAAUCAAGCAGAAGUGUCCCCUGUAUGAAGCCAACGGACAGGCGGGGGAAAGGUGCACCAGUGUGCCCAAGGAGAAGGACGAGAUGGUGGAGCAGGAGUUCAACCGUCUGCUGGAGGCCACGUCCUACCUGAGCCACCAGCUGGACUUCAACUUCCUCAACAACAAGCCCGUGUCUCUGGGGCAGGCCCUGGAGGUGGUCAUCCAACUCCAAGAGAAACACGUCAAAGAUGAGCAGAUCGAGCACUGGAAGAAGAUCGUUAAAACCCAGGAGGAGCUGCGCGACCUCCUCAACAAAAUGGUGUCCACAAAGGAGCGCGUCAAAGAGCUCCACCAGCAGUACAAAGAGGCCAGCGAGGUGAAGCCCCCCCGGGACAUCACCGCAGAGUUCCUGGUGAAGAGCAAACACCGGGACCUCACCGCCCUGUGUAAAGAGUACGACGAGCUGGUGGAGAGUCAGGCCAAGCUGGAGGAGAAGCUACAGGAGCUGGAGGCCAACCCACCCAGUGACGUGUACCUGUCGUCUCGGGACAGACAGAUCCUGGACUGGCACUUUGCGAACCUGGAGUUUGCGAACGCCACGCCCCUCUCCACCCUCUCGCUCAAACACUGGGACCAGGACGAUGACUUUGAGUUCACGGGGAGCCACCUGACGGUCAGAAACGGAUACUCGUGUGUCCCCGUGGCUCUGGCCGAGGGACUGGACAUCAAACUGAACACAGCAGUGCGGCAGGUCCGGUACACCGCCUCCGGCUGUGAGGUGAUCGCCGUGAACACUCGCUCCACCACUCAGACCUUCAUCUAUAAGUGUGACGCGGUCCUGUGCACGCUGCCUCUGGGCGUGCUCAAACAGCAGCCGCCCGCCGUGCAGUUUGUGCCGCCCCUCCCCGAGUGGAAGACCUCCGCCAUACAGAGGAUGGGCUUCGGCAACCUCAACAAGGUGGUGCUGUGCUUCGACCGCGUCUUCUGGGACCCCAGUGUGAACCUGUUUGGACAUGUCGGCUCCACCACAGCCAGCCGAGGAGAGCUCUUCCUCUUCUGGAACCUCUACAAAGCUCCCAUCCUGCUGGCUCUGAUGGCGGGGGAGGCGGCUGGGAUCAUGGAGAACAUCAGUGAUGAUGUUAUUGUAGGACGCUGUCUGGCCAUUCUCAAGGGCAUCUUUGGGAGCAGUGCUGUGCCUCAGCCGAAGGAGACAGUGGUGACUCGAUGGCGAGCGGACCCCUGGGCGAGGGGGUCCUACUCGUACGUGGCAGCGGGCUCCUCUGGCAACGACUACGACCUGAUGGCCCAGCCCAUCACCCCGGGGCCCGCCAUCCCAGGGGCCUCACAGCCCGUCCCGCGGCUCUUCUUCGCGGGGGAGCACACCAUCAGAAACUACCCGGCCACUGUGCACGGCGCUCUGCUCAGCGGGCUCCGGGAGGCGGGCCGAAUCGCAGACCAGUUCCUGGGCGCCAUGUACACCCUGCCCCGGCAAGCCACGCCCACCGCCGCCCCCGCCGCAGCCAACCCCCUCAAGCCCCGCCCGCUCCUGCUGUUUAACCCACACAACACUGGAAAAGACUUUACCAUUCAAACCCAUCUAAAGACUGGAAGAUAACAUGAACUUGUGAACGGCCCUGUCGUCAGCGUGGCAUUAUGUUUGGGAUGUUUCGGCUCCAGAGGCCUUCUCGGUUGUCUUAAUACUAUGAACUCUAGCUGGACGUUAAAGGACACAUAUUAUGCAAAAUUUACCUUUUUGAGUGGACAGCUGUGUUAUAACAUUCUUCCCUUCUUCCUAAAAACAGACCUGAAGUUGUUGUUUUUUUUACUUCAUUCACGCUGGUUUCAGUAUUUCUCUGUAUAGUAUCAGAAAAAGUUUGAAUUUUCCCAGGAUUGUUGCGUCACAGGUAGAAACCCUGCAGUGUUUAAGUCAACAAGCCGUUGCUGUUUUAAGCAUUUGUGCCAUCACAUCAGAUUUGUGACAUCUGUCUGCUUACACGAGCGUGUCGGGGCAGGUUUCUUUAUAGUUUUGUUAAAUGAUGUCACUUCCGGGUCCAGAUGGCAACUUCACAAAUCAUUUGUAGCUUUGUUUUUUUUGACAAAAUGCCAUGUCCAAAUACCUUUCAAAAGUAUAUGUUUAACCACAAAUAGUAUCAGAUAAGAUGUAAAUAAUAACUACUACUAAUACUACUACUACUAAUAAUAAUACUACUACUUGUUGCAUAGGAUUACCAGACUUCCAAACGCUAUCAUAACUUCUUACCUCAAAUCUUGUACACUUUCAGUCACACUUGUAAUUGUGUUUGUGUUAAACGACUGCAAUCACUUUUUAUCAUCACCUGAAAUUGUAAAUAUGUCUGAUAUUUUCAAUCAGCUCUGGACCCAGAAGUCACAUCACACUUAACAACCGUAAACCCUAAACUAGAGGUCUGAGCAGGAAUGAAUUUUCAGUCCUUCUCCCGCCCACAUCUGCACUGUACAGUCUCGCUCCCGUCCACAUCUGCAAUAUUUCGUCCUGCUCCUGCCCGCAAAUCCCGCAAUAUGGGGGCGAUCUCUUUCUUAAGCUCUAUCAAACACAGAGAAGCGAAAAGGACUUCUCUAAAAUGUGUGUGAAAUUAGAUCACAUCCCCAGAGUUUUGAGAAGAAUCCCUCAAUCAUCCACCAGUACGUGACCAGAACUGAUGAGCUGUGAAACGUCUUCAAUCGAACUUUUGUCCAGUCGACAAACUGAAUUUUCUCCUCGUUUAGGCUGCUUAAAAUGUUUUAAUUAAGGCCAAAUAAAAUAUCCAGCACAAAUUAUGUUUGACAGGCAUACGUGAAUCAUUUGUAUAUUUUACUUUACACUCAUAUUUAGUUUGCAGGACUGAUCGUCCCGCCCGCCCGCUCCUGCAUUGAGCUUUCAAAAUGUGUCCUGCGCUGCGCUGUUUUGCGUCAGGUCCCGCGGGUGCAGGACUCUACCCUAAACCCAGCUCAACAAUGAUCGCCCUCUGGUUCUGGAAGUACAUUUAUCACUCAAUUUUCCUUUAGACUUUACAAAAAACAAAGAAAAUUUACAGUUUGAAUCCUCAGGGCUAAUCUGGGCUCUGUGGAACUAAAGACCACAAGACACAUCACCUGUUUCUUAAACUUAUAAACAGCAAAGCUAUUAAAGCAUUCCACAGAAUAUUGCAUUUCAAAUUUAAAACAACUUAUGGAUAUGAGUUAGUGUGAAGCUGCUGUGCCUUUUGAAAUGUUAAUACUUGAAUUGUGGAAAGUCUACGGAAAAAUACAAGAGGGAGCGGUCACUAAGCUUCAUCAAGUUUCGUUGUUUUCUCCCAUUGUAAUUCCCUCUGCUGCCUAUAGGUGGAGCCAAACACUAGAUUCCAUUAUAGGGAGCGCUGAAGCUGGAACAUAACCUUUAGUUUUAUAUAUAUAUAUAUAUGGCCAUUAUUCAAGUUCUAAAACACGAAAUGCCAAAACUAAGGUACUCGAGAGCGUGUUUAAAGGCCAGACGCUAUACAAAUACUGCAUAAUAUGUGUACUUUAAAGCCUACGUUUUCUUUCUGUUACGUUAGAUUGAAGAGUCUAGUGAAAAUAGCUCCAAGCUCAAAAGAAGAACAUAUGUGUGCAAGAUCUGUGAAUGUUUUUGUUGCUAUAGCAGUUAUGUAUUUUAUUAAGUCAUCACAGACAUUUUAUAUCGUCGAUUGUUUUGCUAUUAAAAGAGAAAAGUCUG